AUCCCGCCCUUCACCCGAACACUCCCGAAGAGAAACGCAUUUGUUUACAUCAUUCCCACGUGGGUACACCACUACUUCCGGUGGAAGGUCGAUGUGACGACAAACUGAGUAGCUGUAAACUACAGCUACGUAGACGCGCCAUUUUUAUUCUCAAGUUUCAUUUUAUUUCUCCUAAUAUAUCUGCUCUUAUGUUCAAAGUUUUCAUUCUGAUUCUGUCUGUUUCUUUUACGGAGGGAUUGUCCUAAUAUUCUCUUUCGGAUUUGUUGUGUUAUGGUGGAUUCGAUGGAUCUCGGGUUGACGGACGAAGACCUCCCGAAUGGACGUUCGGACGAUGUCGUGAACGCCAUAUCCGGCAUUUCCGAAGAUUCCGAUCGACAGCAACUGGUAACUGUCAGCGGGAUUGCCAUGCCUCCGAAUGUUUUGGUGACCACAGCAUCCGGCAACAUCUUCGGGGACCAAGAAACGCUGAAAACGACCCGAAUAAUCAUUCAUAAUCCUUCUUUGGAUGUUUUAAAAAAUGCACAACAAACAAUAACUUUUAACCCACUUAAUCGUAGCUUAUCCGUGCCUGAAAAAAAUAUUAAUUGGGAUCCGUCAGUUUAUGAUCCAGUUUUGCCUGUACGAUGUAGAAAUAUUCGAGGAGAAUUGCACAAAAGCAAAUUUGGUUCAGGAAAUAGGGGUAGAAGUAUUUUAGUAAAUGGAUCCUGGUAUACACCAUCUGAAUUUGAAGCUCUAUGUGGUCGAGGAAAUAGCAAAGAUUGGAAAAGAAGCAUACGUUAUGGUGGGCGUACUUUGAUGUGUCUUAUUGAGCAAGGAAUUCUACGGCCCCAUGCUACCUCUUGCACUUGUGGAGCUUGUUGUGAAGAUACUGUUCCAAAUGGGGAUGGGACACCUGAUCCUUCGAGUGGUCCAGUAAGACUUUUUACUCCUUAUAAAAGAAGGAAACGGAAAAAUCAUCCAAGACUCAAAGUAUCUACUAAUGUUGAGAUUUCAAAUAGCGAUAAUAUUGUUUCGGCUCCCGCUGAAUUGCCUUCUGAGAAUAUCACAUUAAAUGGUGUAACAUCUGAUGCAGUUACAACUGUAACAGUACCUUUGAUUACUAGAGACAGUAAUACUGUUAUAUGUCCAGAUUCUGUUAUUGUAACUCCAGAAACAAAAUCGCAAGUGCCUAAAAAUUUACCUUCUGCUCUUGAUAUUAAUGAGCAGAAACAGUGGUGGCAAUUAGAAGAGAUGGUAAAAAGUGCAGUUCGCCAAAUUCUAGAGCUUCAGAAACAAGUGGAAGCUGUAAAAAAUCAGUGUGCUGUUACCAGAGAAGCAGCUUUGCAAGAAUUAAAAGUACAAAUGGAAAAUGAGAAAAAAGAAGCUUUGAGUACAUGUCGCCUCGAAGCGCAAGUUGCCUUAUCUCGUGCUUUGCUAGAAGCCAAAUCUGAGAGAGAAGUUGCAAUACAACAAGCGAUAGAGCAGGCACGUGUAGAGAUGGAAGAAAAGAUUAACUCUCUUGUGGCUGAUAAAGUUGAUAUUACUAAAGUAAAAAAGCGUUGUGCUAAUUGCGAUCGAGAAGCAUUUUCUGAAUGCACUGGUUGCCACCGUGUCUUUUACUGUAGUGCCUUCUGUCAAAGAAAAGACUGGAUUAACCAUAAAGACCACUGUGGCGAAAGUAUUCUUGAUGCAGAUUGUUCAGAACUAAUUGAUAGCUGUGAUGAUCCAACCAGUUGAUAUAAAGUUCCUACUAUCCCUUUUAACUUAAUUCAACCAAUGUGCUUUAAGAAAUGUGCCCUUCCUUGUAAAAUAACAAAAUUAUUUAACUUAUUUUAUAAAUAUUGUAUAUUGAUUGUAUUUUAAUCUAUAGUAUUUAUGUAUACCUGUGUUAAUGUUUGAAUCAUAUUCAUUUUUGUGUUAUUUAAUAAACAUGCAUAC